CGUUUAUAUAUGAUGACAAGAUGGCGGACAGGGAGAAAGGAAAACUGACACAUAUUUCAUUUUUAUGUUUUUUCUUACUGAUUUUAAUUGUUCAGACGAUAUAUACAGAAGUAAACACUUGUUCGUUACUUAAUUGUGUGGAGGGACGAUGUGUUAACGGGUCUUGUGUGUGUGACGCUGGUUGGGCCCCUCCAAAAUGUGUACACUGUACGGGGAGAAUCAGGUUACAGAAUACAGAAGGGAUUAUUUCUGAUGGACAUGGGAAUUACUCAGAAGACAACAAGUGCACCUGGUUGGUGGAUACCAGUAACCAUAGUAACAGCUCCUUGUGGUUCCAGUUUCAUCAGUUUUCCACCGAGUGUGGCUGGGAUCAUCUGUACAUCUACGACGGAGACUCUGCCUUCGCUCCUUUAUUGGCAGCUUUCAGUGGUUUGAUACACAAAGAUUACACCUCAACCAAUGAUCUCCAGGAGAUUCGCACCAGCUCAGGGAAAGCCUACCUAUAUUUCUACAGCGAUGCAGCUUACAACAUGUCAGGAUUUAAUAUUACCUACAGAACUGGCGGUUGCCCGAAAAACUGCUCAGGACAAGGGGAUUGUUCAGGAGAUGUUUGUAAUUGUCACAUGGGUUACCAUGGAGAUGACUGUAGUGAGGUCACAUGUCCCAAUAACUGCUCUAGCAAUGGGGACUGUGUCUACAAACAGUGCCAGUGUCAUUCAGGAUUCAAAGGCAAGGACUGUAACUUUACUGCUGACAAGGCCUCCUGGGAACUGAACUUUCUACAGAGUGACCUCCUGGCUCGCGUGUCCGCAGGGGUAGCCAUGGUGGGGGAGGAUCUGUACCUUUUAGGGGGGUACUCCUUCAACAGGACACAAGAUUUCCUCAUAAAAUAUAAGAUGUCAUCAGGGAAUUUAGAGGCUGUAAAUCCGGUUUCCUCGGAGAACCCCCCUCCGCGAUACGGACACUCUGUCGUGGCCUAUCAGAACAAACUGUAUAUGUUUGGAGGAGUUCUGGGAGACGAAACAUCGAAAGAUCUGUGGACGUAUGAUACGAUGACACAGACCUGGGUGAGGCAGCACUAUAACCGGACAAUUCCCAUGGGAGUGGCCGGUCACUCGGCACAUGUCGUCAAGGGAGUCAUGUACAUUCUGUUUGGGUACAGUCCCUUGUAUGGCUACCAGAACAGGAUUCAGGAAUACAAUAUAGCGAAUGAAAGCUGGAUUGUGCCACGGACCUAUGGUGCCCUGGUUCAGGGAGGGUAUGGCCACUCCAGUGUGUAUUACCCAGCCCUAGGUAAAAUCUACAUUUAUGGGGGAUACCAUGCCCGCAGUACCUCGAACUAUGACCUCACUGAUCAGCUGUACUCGUUUGAGCCGGCCACAAGAACUUGGACAAAACUUCGCAGUAACCAGCUGCCCCGUUAUCUUCACUCGGCUGUGAUCAUCGACGGAAUGAUGGUUGUAUUUGGGGGAAACACACACAAUGACACGUCGGUCAGCCUGGGGGCUAAGUGUUACUCUCCGGAUGUUCUGCUGUAUGACAUAGAGUGUAACAAGUGGUCCCAGCUCCAGUCAACUGUCUUGACAUCACACGGUGCACGCUACGGUCACGCGGCUGUCCCGGUGGAGAGGAAUGGUGGGAUAGCGAUGCUGGUUUUAGGCGGGUUCAGUGGAAUCAUGGAGCCCAAUGCCAUUUUGUUCUCCCCAGGAAACUGCUCCUACUACACGUCUAAGGACGACUGUGUGAACUCCGUACAGGGCAGGUCGUGUGUGUGGAGGGCGGGGCAGUGUCUGCCUAUAACACAGGUCAACCCACAAAGCAGUGGAGUGGAGAAGAAGACAUGUGAUCCUACAGAAGGUCAGGAUAAGAUUUGUGGUUCCUUCAGAUCAUGCCCGACGUGUCUCUCUACUGCGUUCGGUUGUGUGUGGUGCGUCAACAACUGUACAGCUGCAGACAAGUGUAGCAACACCAACAUAAUGAAAUCUGCAUCAGCCAGCGAUCUCUCCAAGUGCUCCAGCCCUGGAGAAAAGCCAUGUCAGGAGCAACAUAAGUGCUUAGGUUGUCAAUCUUUCCCCGACUGCGACUGGAAGGGGGAACGAUGUCAAGUUAAAACAGAGAACAUUGACAGAAAUGAUACGUUCAAUGACUUUAAUGAUCCCGAUAAGGACAAAUGCCCUAAUCCGUGUCACUUAAAAAAGAACUGCGAGAAUUGUACGGAAGGUAAAUGUAUGUGGUGCAGCAACCAGCAGAAGUGUGUGGAAACUAAUGCCUAUGUGGCCACGUUUAUUUACGGCCAGUGCAUGGAGUGGACCACAGAGAAAGCUAAGUGUCCAGCCACUCGCUGCUCUGACCUUCACUCCUGUAAGGAAUGUCAAUCCAAUCCAAUGUGUGGGUGGUGCAAUGAUCCCAGUAACACAGGGAUUGGUCGAUGUAUGGAGGGCGGAGCCUCAGGACCUGUCAAUCAUACUGAUCACCAGCUCACUGACCUCAGCAGAUGUCCAGCUAAUCAAUGGUUUUUCAUUGACUGUCCAGAUUGUCAGUGUAAUGGACACAGUACUUGUCUGAAUGUUUCCGGAACGUGUGAUGGCUGUCAAAACAUGACGGAGGGCAAGUAUUGUGAGAGAUGUGUAGAGGGUUACUAUGGCGAUGCCAGUAAUGGAGGGAACUGUACGGCUUGUCAGUGUAACGGACAGGCAGAUUCCUGUGACCGGGUGACAGGGGCGUGUUACUGCAGGACGAGGGGGGUCAUUGGAGAUCGAUGUGACAAGUGUGAUGAACCCCAUAAAUAUUUUGGGAAUCCUAAAACUGGAACAUGUUACUAUAAUCUGGUAACAGACUACCAGUUCACCUUUAACCUUUCAAAAUCGGAGGAUAAGUCCUACACACAGAUCAACUUUAUGAACAUCCCAUCCUCAAGUGAACGGGACGUUGACUUUAAAGUGAAUUGUUCGGGUAUAGCCUUUCUGAACAUAACAAUGAAGAAAAAAUCUCAUGGUGACCACGAAACAACGAUCGUCAAACAACAUUCGUGCAAUUACUUCCGGGCCAAGUUCGACCAUGGGGAAUAUUCCUUUGGAGCCAAGGAAAACACGACAUUCCUUGUUUAUGUGUAUGGGUUUAAAACCCCAUUCUGGCUACAGAUCUCCUUCUCCCAGUUUCCUAAAAUCGACUUGGUCCACUUCUUUGUGACAUUCUUCAGUUGCUUCCUGUCUCUGCUGAUAAUAGCCGCGGUACUGUACAAAAUCAAACACAAGUACGACAUCUACCGCAGAAGGCAGCGUAUGAUGGUGGAAAUGGAGGAGAUGGCUAGUCGACCAUUUUCCUCCAUCACGGUGGAGAUUGACAGGAAAUAUGAGCAGAUAGGAGCCGAGAAGAAAGAAAUGGACCUCAGAAAGCGAAAAAAGACCAGCACUAAGCCCAGCCAGAUAGCCUACGAGCCGCUGAAUCACCAAAAGGCAGCUGUCAUAUCAUUAAUAGUCCAGCUACCCACAGGGGAAGAUGAGUGGACCCCUAACGGGGCCUCGGGGGUCGCAAUCGCCAGUGCUCUAGUGACAGUCGGUCAUCACCGAAAGCAGAGCUUGGAGCAUGGGGGGAAGGGGGACAAAAACAAGCAUAAAAAAGUUUUGUUUCCUGGUACCCAGGAUGUGUGUGUCUAGUACACGACGCCCCCUGGUGUGAACAGGGAGUAGUCAUUGUUGUUGAUUUAAAGGGACUAGUUAUUGUUACACAUUCCUCAGAUGCUGUUUACUAAAAGAGAUGGUGCUAUUGUGAACAUUUAUAAACACUAGCUGCAUCUGUUUCAACAAUGCAAAGUUACUUACAAAUAUCAUACAAGUGUUGAUCUUAAAAUCAAAGCAUUCCAGUGUAGUAGAAUAUGGAUAGCGAAGAAGAAGCCACACUUUCACUAUUAAUCUGCCCAGAAUGAAGUCAUCUGCAGAUGUCGUCAAACGAGAUCAAAAAGUAGAAUUGUGUGUGUGAUGAAUUAAACAGUGUUAAAUUAAAGAUAAGGUCUGUUUUUUCAAAACUUUGGUAUCAGCAUGUUACGAUAAAAAUUGCAAUCUACAGCUUCUGCCCACAUUAAGAUAUUUUAUGUAUACAGCCACUGCCCACAUUAAGAUAUUUUAUGUAUACAGCCACCGCCCACAUUAAGAUAUUUUAUGUAAAGCAAUAUCUACAGUCUGACUGUGAAUACUACAUGUUCUUCUUUUUUUUUUAAAGUUAAAAUGCUUUGGAAAUGCAUGUUUUCUGUUAAUUUAAAAAAAAGCAGAAGACUCCACCAGAUUUGGCAAUAUCACAUAUAUCCAACUUUUUUUUUUUUUUUUUUAUAAUUUAUUUAUUUUUUUGGUUUCAUACAAUACAUCAAACACUUACACAAACAUACCUUUCAUACAUGCAUACAUCUCCCUGUGGUUUAGGUUACUUGCUGUACAAUAGUGAAAGUAAUAAUAAUAACAAUAAUACAUGUACUAAAAAUAAUGACAAGUACAUGUAGUAUUAAUUAAUCAAUUGCAAAAAUAUUUUCCCACUUCAUCCAUAUUUUAUCAAAGUUAUGUAUUUUAAAUGCUUGAAUUGCAGCAUAUUUCUCUACAUGAUAUUUAAACUUUAAGUGACAUAGUAAUCUAACAAGAUUUGGUUCUUUAUUCUGCAUUAAACAGAUAAAUAUGUAUUGUUUAGCAUAUAAAAUUAUAAAGUUUAUGGCUUUAUUAUUUAAAGACAGUGGAAUUUCACCAAAUAUUAUAUUUGACACAUAUGAUAUCCAACUUUAGUUAUGAUAUUGUACACAAUACCACAGAUAUCCAACUUUAGUUAUGAUAUUGUACACAAUACCACAGAUAUCCAACUUUAGUUAUGAUAUUGUAUACAAUACCACAGAUAUCCAACUUUAGUUAUGAUAUUGUAUACAAUACCACAGAUAUCCAACUUUAGUUAUGAUAUUGUACACAAUACCACAGAUAUCCAACUUUAGUUAUGAUAUUGUAUACAAUACCACAGAUAUCCAACUUUAGUUAUGAUAUUGUAUACAAUACCACAGAUAUCCAACUUUAGUUAUGAUAUUGUACACAAUACCACAGAUAUCCAACUUUAGUUAUGAUAUUGUAUACAAUACCACAGAUAUCCAACUUUAGUUAUGAUAUUGUAUACAAUACCACAGAUAUCCAACUUUAGUUAUGAUAUUGUACACAAUACCACAGAUAUCCAACUUUAGUUAUGAUAUUGUAUACAAUACCACAGAUAUCCAACUUUAGUUAUGAUAUUGUACACAAUACCACAGAUAUCCAACUUUAGUUAUGAUAUUGUACACAAUACCACAAAUAUCCAACUUUAGUUAUGAUAUUGUACACAAUACCACAGAUAUCCAACUUCAGUUUUUGUGAUAUCAUAGGUGAUACGACAGGUAUCAAACUUCAGUAAUUUUUGGCAGUUACCUACCUUUAAAGUAUUGUAUUGUAGAUUAUCACCAAGUUUUCAUUUUUGAUGAGCUUACUGAACAUACAGUUUAAAACAGGGCAAAGUGAAAGUGUGGCUUGUUCUUUAUAGUCAUUUUCAUGUAUGUCGUAGUGCAUCGGAAUGAACAAAGUUGUCACGCUUUGUAAACAUGGAUCAAAGAUGUUUUCCAAGUCAAAAUGAUUUUGUCUCAUCGUCAUCUUUAUUUUCAUUGUCUUUAUUCUAUGUAUUAGAUCUGAAGCACCAGUGCUGUGGUGUACUGUGGGGUACCGAUUUGUACCGUAUAACCGUUAGUCUUCUAAACGAAGCAGCAUUCGUUAUGUUGAAAAGUAUUCACCAUUUUGAAGUUUAGAUUUUCAUUGUCAAAUGUAUUAGUGCGAUGAUCCCAUUUUCUGUGAUAUUUUCCCCAAUGUAAACUUUCAUAUAAAUUUGUAAAUAUUUUUAUUGCAGGAGCCUAUUUCCGCGUUCACUUUUGUUUUGUGAUAUUGAUGAUUUGUGCGUGUAGUGUGUUUAUAACAUGUAAUUUGGAGCUGAUUUCAGACACGCAUGUAUGAAGAGGCCCUGGGAACAGUUUUUGUUAAUUAUUCAAAUAUCGUCACGCUUUGGUCAUUUUCCACAUUCAAAUUAAGUCGAGUAGUAGUAAUUGUACGGGUUUAAUUUUACACUCAUUGUAUGCAUUUUACAUCUAUAUCUCCUAAAUGAUUGUCUCCUCACAGCGGGGUGGGGGGUGGGGCGUGUGGAACUGAUUUUGCGUGCGAGUCGACAUCAGAUUCUGUGUUGUGUUUAUCGCUAUGCUUAGUUGUAACAGAAUUCUUCACUUUGCAAUGCUGUUGUUAUUUUUCUCUUGUUGCUGUAUAUAUAUAUAUAUGUAAUUUCAAUAUCUUCGCGAUUCAUGUAUGUUUCAAUUUCCUUCAUUAAAUACUGGAUGUCUUAAGCAUAUCUACUGUUCAUCAACGGCCAAAUGUACGAAAGUCAUGCAUUAACCUAUGUAGAAUCAAACAUCAUUGUAUAUAUUUUGAUAAUUUAUUGAAUCAAGAUAAAAAUGUAUGUCUGUCUAGUAUAGAAGGUGAGUGAUUAGUAAUGAAAGUGAUAUAGAAAUGUUGUGAUCACUUACAGGUGCAAUGUAACGUGUUGCUUUCGUAGUCAGUUUAUUGAUAUGUACACUUACACUGAAAAAUGCUUAUGAAAUCCAGACAUACGUUGUGUGUCUAGAAAUGUGGCCCCCGUAAAUGAAGUUGUGGUUAUGUAGGGGGUAUUGGUCAGAAUAUUCUGUUGUACAGCACUCUCUCUAGAAGUGUCGGGGUAUUUUGGGGUUUUUUGUAGUGUUUAUUUCUUUGUGCACAUGUGCAGUAUUUUUCUGAUAAUGUUUGAAUCUUCUAUGUAUUCUUAUGUUGUAUGAAUGGUUGCUGUUUUCUGUUUGAAUCUUCUAUGUAUUCUUAUGUUGUAUGAAUGGUUGCUGUUUUCUAAUUGUUAUGUUGAGUAUGAUGUAUGAUUAUAUCAAAUUUGAUUGAACAAAUGCACAAUUUUGUUGUUUAGAAGUUGCAUAAAAGUUGAAUAAAAGUUUUUUCAUGCUUUUCUGAUCCAGGUGGGAGAUGUUCAGUAUGGUGGGUAUUUAGGUGGGAGGUGGGGGGGGUAAGGAUAUUUUUUAAAAUAAUAAAUAUAUCUCUAACCAUUGUCAAAUUUUAUAUGCUUGAGUUCAAAGGUCAUUGGGGUAUAUUCCUUGAGUCUGUUGUCAGUUUGCAAAAUUAAUCUUUUUUAUCUACUCUGCCAGAUAGAGACAUAUUUCAUAAACUGAAAGGUCAAUACAAUAUUAUAUUCAAGGUCAGAGUGAAGGUCUUGUAUCAAGGUCAAAACUUAGAUUCAUUGUCACAAUAGGAUAGUGGCAUGUCUGUAUGGGAACAUUAGAAAUGGUAGGAACUAGGUGUAACAUAACACACACACACACACACCCAACACCACCACUGACAUUUGUUCAUGAUGACAUUUAUUCUUGAUAGUGAUGUACUGUAGAUUCUUAAAGAUACAGGAGGAAUUUAUUAUUGCGUAAUUUCAUGAGAAGCAUCACUUACAAAAUAAAAUUACUUUAUUUUUAUAUUCCUAAAAUAGGUGUAAAAACCCCUGUUCCACAGAGUCCUAGAGAAUUCAUGUUCUUGCAAUUUUACAUCCAGGAGUCGCCUCGCGAUAUCAAGUACUUGUGUAAAAUUAAGAAUCUACAGUAUUUUUCUUUCCCUGCAUCAUUUUUCCUGCUGUAUUUUUCAUUAUAACUGUAUUUAAUUAUUGCAGAGAAAAACGGGACUGCAAUGAAGUGAGUUAUGCUUUUGCUUGGGUUGUUCCAUGAACUUUAAAAACUGGUUUAAUGAGAAAUUACAGGCUGAUUGACUGUAUGAGAGUUACCUAUAUAAUUGAGUGUGUGUGAGUAUGUGUUUAUGUAUGUAUGAAUAUUGUAAUUUAUCACUGGAGUAUGUCAAGUCAAAAUAAAAGUCAAAAACAGA